AUGAAGCUCUUUGGAAAGCCUGGAGAGAGUGGCGCCCUAGGCGCACUCUUCUCGCUGGCCGUCUUGCUCCAUGGUCCCCUGGCUGCAGCGCAGACUGCCCCGAGGGAUGGUGCCGCCUACGACUACAUUGUAGUGGGUAGCGGACCCGGCGGCGCGGUGCUGGCCGUCAACCUCGCCAAGGCAGGACACUCUGUCCUCCUGCUCGAAGCUGGAGACGACAACCCAGGCCAAGGUUUCGGUCGGUACACGCCAACGGUCACCUGGGACUUUUACGUCAAGCACUACCCGGAAAGCGACCCCCGAGACAACCAGUACAGCCACCUGACGUGGAUGACUCCGGAGGGCCGCUACUGGGUUGGGCAGAGCGGCGCCCCGGCGGGCUCCAAGCUGCUGGGCGUUUACUACCCGCGCGGUGCGACGCUUGGAGGGUCCUCGAUGAUCAACGCCAUGGUCUGCUGGCUGCCGAGCGACUCCGACUGGAACUACCACGCCGAGGUGACGGGCGACGACAGUUGGAGAGCCGAAAACAUGCACAAGAUCUUCACCAAGAUCGAAAAGAACAACUACCUGACCAGGGGUGCGGCCAAUCACGGGUUCGACGGUUGGUUCCAGACACAGAUGGGCGCCAUGACGCAGUCCAAGCAGCUCGGCCCGCUGCAGGGCAACAACGUCAUGGCCUCCUACGCUCGGGACUGGAACCUGUCCAUGUCCAUGUCCAACCUGCUGAUCCGCGACCCCAAUGAGAUCAGCCCGACGCGCGACCAGACGUCGAGCAUAUACGGGCUCGUCAACCACCAGUACGCUAACGGCAACCGCUACAGCUCGCGCGACUACGUGCAGGAGGCUGUCCGCGCGGGUUCGAACCUGACCGUCUCACUCACCUCGCUCGCCACAAAAGUCCUCUUUGACACGGGCGGCACCAAGUGCUCCUCGGACCGCGGCACCUCGCGCGCCACGGGCGUCGAGUUCCUCUAUGGCAAGUCGCUGUACAAGGGCGACAGUCGGCGCACGGCCAACGCAGUGGGGGUCAAGCGCACGGCCAUCGCCCGCCGCGAAGUCAUCGUGGCGGGAGGCGCUUUCAACUCGCCGCAGCUGCUCAUGCUGAGCGGUAUCGGCAACGCCACCGAGCUGCGAAGGUUCAACAUUCCCGUAAUCAAGGACCUGCCCGGCGUCGGCCAGAACCUGAUGGACAACCAGGAGAUGCCCAUCGUCGGGACGGGCAGCGGCGGGAGCGGAAACACGGGCGUGGCCAUGUACAAGACGCGGCACCCGGCGCACGGCGAGCGCGACAUGUUUCUCAUGGGCGGGCAGGGAUUCCUGUUCCGGGGGUUCUGGCCCGACAACUCGGUGCGGGUUCCCGCCGAUCCGCCACAGCCGUACGGCGUGAGCAUGGUCAAGGGGUCGAGCGUCAACAACAAGGGUUGGGUGAAGCUGCGCAGCGCCGACCCGAUGGACACACCCGAGAUCAAUUUCAACCACUACGCGAGGGGAGCCGAGUACGACCUCGAAGCCAUGAAGGACACGGUCGCGUGGAUCCGGACCGUGUACAAGCGGGUGGGCAUCACGACGGUCGAGCCACCGUGCGCCAGGGCCGGUGGGCCGGAUGCGAACGGGUACUGCGGAAAGGAGGACGAGGAUUGGAUCCACAAGCAGACGUUUGGCCAUCAUCCGACGUCGACCUGCAAGAUUGGCGCGGAGAGCGACCCGAUGGCUGUGCUGGACUCCAAGUUCCGGGUGCGCGGGGUCAGCGGGCUCAGGGUGGUGGACGCCAGUGCUUUUGCGAGGAUCCCGGGCGUGUUCCCGGCUGUGUCGACGUUUAUGAUCUCGCAGAAGGCGAGCGAUGACAUGUUGGCCGAGUUGAAGGCGGGGACUGCGCUGAAGCAGUGCUGA